GCGCGUUACUGACGCGACCGUGCCGUUCCGGAAAUACGAUCUGAACAACGCGUCUCCUCCGCUGCUCGGUGAACUCAAUGGCUGAGGCGGAGGAACUCAUCCAGAGCGUCUGCGCUUACCCGUUGCUUUAUAACGCGUCGCUGCUCGAUUAUCGCAGCGCGGAGCGGCGCGUGAAAGCGUGGCGUGAGGUCGCCGCGUCCAUCGGUCUCUCCGUGGUGGAGUGCAAGCGCAGAUGGAAGACCAUCAGGGACAGAUUCAUCCGAGAGCGGAGGCUGUGUCAGCUGAGGAGGGAAGAAGGAGGCCGCCGCCUGCAUUUCUGGCCGCACAGAGAAAGCCUGUCGUUUCUGGAGGCUCACGUCAGGAAGAAGAAGCGUGUCGCUGAGCAUCCGGACGACUCUCUGGACGAGUGCAGCGGCGGAGACUCCAAGCCCGGUCUGGAGACAGACGAGCAGUUCGAGUCGAAGCUCCAGCCGGUGACCCAGCUGCCUCCGGGACUGAAGCUGCCGCAGCCGCCCGCUCCGACCGUCACCAGCGAGCUCCACGGCAAGACGGAGAAAGAGAAGGAGGCCUUCGACGAGGACGAGCUGUUUCUCUUGAGUUACGUCCCUGCCCUCAAAAGACUGACGCCGCAGAAAAGAGCCGCCGUCAAGAUGCAGAUCCAGCAGAUCAUGUUUGACGCCGAGUUUAAAGAGCAGCUCUGACUUCUGCAGCUCACUCCAAACAUUUCUUUCUCUGCAUACCUCCGUGUGUGCUGAAAUAAACUGCCUCGGCUUUCGUUUAGUUAGUUAUCGCUGCAAAAGAGCCUGUUUUGUAAAAUAUGACACUGCAAGAAAAACUAAAAUAUGUAUAC